GCAGAGAUAAGGGCAGCCUGCUGGAUGGGGGCAGAAUUGGUGUUUUCCGCUGAGGUGUGCGUCAGUGAACGGAGAUGAAGCAUAUAUAUUUGGAGAGGUGAUGUCACUGUGGAGGGACAAGACUCUUGGCAUCUGCUGUAACGCACCAAGCAGCAUCUCAACACAACAGUUCUUAACAAUCCAACAUGGAAACUGCCAUCAGCACCCUUGUCACCCAGUUCAAGGUGUUCGCUGGGAAAGAUGGAUCCGCCAGCACCCUGAGCAAAGACGAAUUCCACAACCUGGUGACCUCUCAGCUACCCAACUAUGUCAAGAACUCCGGCAACGCAGGGGUGAUUGACGAGCUCAUGGGCUCGCUGGACGAAAACAAUGACGGGGAGCUGACUUUCUCAGAGUUCUGGCAGCUGAUUGGAAAACUUGCGAGCAAACAGGGCUGGUUUCAGUCAGUAGAGCUCUAACCCGUCCCAUGUCGGCCGUGGGCCCUGAGCCAGGUUGUGCAACACCAAUCAACUUGGGCUUAAGCUGUCCAACUGUAAACUCAAAGGCAAUUUGAAUUCUUUUAUCACUCCUACCAGUGCCACAUGUGUAACUCUUUAGUUAACCGUUUGUUGAAUGCAGGGAAACUUUGAAUUAAAGGCUUCAUUGUCUUGAUCCUUAAGCCACCAACA